CGCCCCGCCCCUGCCGUCCUCGGUCCAGCCGCGGUGCCGCCGGCCACCACCAGGGCCCCCGCCGGCCGCCGUUGCCAGCAAGCAGCAUGGCACCCCCGGGGCUGCAGUAGCCGCCACCAGUCUUCAGUGGGGGGUACCCGGGAUCUCCCUGGGUGUGGGGAGGACACCCUACCGCUUCGGUCAUGGAUGUGAACAAGAUGACCGUCAGCGUCAAUAAGGCCAUUAAUACGCAGGAAGUGGCCGUGAAGGAAAAACAUGCCAGGACGUGCAUCCUGGGCACCCACCAUGAGAAAGGCGCGCAGACGUUUUGGUCUGUGGUCAACCGAUUGCCUCUGUCCAGCAACGCCAUGCUGUGCUGGAAGUUCUGCCACGUCUUCCACAAGCUCCUCCGAGACGGACAUCCAAACGUGCUCAAAGACUCUCUGAGAUACAAAAAUGAAUUAAGCGACAUGAGCAGGAUGUGGGGCCAUCUGAGUGAGGGGUAUGGACAGCUAUGCAGCAUCUACCUCAAACUGCUGAGAACGAGGAUGGAGUACCACACCAAAAAUCCCAGGUUCCCUGGCAACCUUCAGAUGAGUGACCGGCAGCUGGAUGAAGCUGGAGAGAGUGAUGUUAACAACUUUUUUCAGCUCACAGUGGAGAUGUUUGAUUACCUGGAGUGCGAACUGAACCUCUUCCAGACUGUGUUCAACUCCUUGGACAUGUCCCGCUCUGUGUCCGUGACCACAGCUGGGCAGUGCCGCCUGGCACCACUGAUCCAGGUCAUCCUGGACUGCAGUCAUCUCUAUGACUACACUGUCAAGCUGCUCUUCAAGCUCCACUCCUGUCUUCCGGCCGACACCCUGCAGGGCCACCGAGACCGCUUCAUGGAGCAGUUCACAAAGUUGAAAGAUCUGUUCCAGCGCUCCAGCAACCUACAGUACUUCAAGCGGCUCAUUCAGAUCCCCCAGUUGCCUGAGAAUCCACCCAACUUCCUACGCGCCUCAGCCCUGUCAGAGCACAUCAGUCCUGUGGUGGUGAUCCCGGCCGAGGUGUCUUCUCCAGAUAGUGAGCCUGUCCUGGAGAAGGAUGACCUCAUGGACAUGGAUGCCUCCCAGCAGAAUUUGUUUGACAACAAGUUCGAUGACAUCUUCGGCAGCUCGUCGAGCAGCGACCCCUUCAAUUUCAACAAUCAAAAUGGCGUGAGCAAGGAUGAGAAGGACCACUUGAUUGAACGCCUGUACAGAGAGAUCAGCGGGCUGACAGGACAGCUGGACAGCAUGAAGACUGAGAGCCAGCGGGCCAUGCUGCAGCUGAAGGGCCGCGUGAGUGAGCUGGAGGCAGAGCUGGCGGAGCAGCAGCACCUCGGGCGGCAGGCGACGGAUGACUGCGAGUUCCUGCGCACCGAGCUGGACGAGCUGAAGAGGCAGCGGGAGGACACGGAGAAGGCGCAGCGCAGCCUGACCGAGAUAGAAAGAAAGGCCCAAGCCAAUGAACAGCGGUAUAGCAAGCUAAAAGAGAAGUACAGCGAGCUGGUUCAGAACCAUGCCGACCUGCUGCGGAAGAAUGCAGAGGUGACCAAACAGGUGUCCGUGGCCAGGCAAGCCCAGGUGGAUUUGGAAAGAGAGAAAAAAGAACUAGAAGAUUCCUUUGCACGUGUAAGUGACCAGGCCCAGCGGAAGACUCAAGAGCAACAGGAUGUUCUCGAGAACCUGAAGCAUGAACUAGCCACCAGCAGACAAGAGCUACAGGUCCUCCACGGGAAUCUGGAAACCUCUGCGCAGUCAGAAGCGAAGUGGCUGACCCAGAUCGCCGAACUGGAGAAGGAAAAGGGCAGCUUGGCAGCUGCCGCUGCUCAGAGAGAGGAAGAGUUCUCAACCCUCCGAGACCAGCUGGAAAGCACCCAGAUCAAACUGGCCAGCACCCAGGAGUCCAUGUGCCAGCAGGUAAAGGACCAGAGGAAAAUACUCUUGGCAGGGAUCAGGAAGGCUGCCGAGCGUGAGAUACAGGAGGCGCUGAGCCAGCUUGAAGAGCCUGCCCUCAUCAGCUGCGCGGGGUCCACAGAUCACCUUCUCUCCAAAGUCAAGGCUGUUUCCAGCUGCCUCGAUCAACUGGAAAAGGACCGCAGCCAGUAUCUGUCCUGCCCAGAAGAUAUCAGUGAGCUCCUGCACUCCGUGACCCUGCUUGCCCACUUGACCAGUGACACCAUCAUUCAGGGGAGCGCCACCAGCCUCCGGGCCCCACCAGAGCCCGCUGACUCUCUGACAGAGGCCUGUAGGCAGUAUGGCAGGGAAACCCUGGCCUACCUGUCCUCCCUGGAGGAAGAGGAACCCAUGGAGAAAGCUGAUGUCACAGCCAUGAGGAACUGCCUCAGCAAGAUCCAGGCCAUUGGCGAGGACCUGCUGCCCAGGGGCCUGGACAUCAAACAGGAAGAGCUGGGUGACCUUGUGGACAAGGAGAUGGCUGCCACUUCAGCUGCCAUUGAAGCUGCCACCACCCGGAUAGAGGAAAUACUCAGUAAAUCCCGAGCAGGAGACACAGGAGUCAAGUUGGAGGUGAACGAAAGGAUCCUUGGUUCCUGUACCAGCCUGAUGCAAGCCAUCAAGGUCCUCGUGGUAGCCUCCAAGGACCUCCAGAAGGAGAUCGUGGAAAGUGGCAGGGGUACUGCAUCCCCUAAGGAAUUUUAUGCCAAGAACUCUCGGUGGACAGAAGGGCUUAUAUCUGCCUCCAAAGCUGUUGGUUGGGGAGCUACCGUCAUGGUGGAUGCUGCUGACCUUGUGGUCCAAGGCAAGGGGAAGUUUGAGGAACUGAUGGUGUGUUCGCACGAGAUCGCUGCUAGCACAGCCCAGCUUGUGGCUGCAUCCAAGGUGAAAGCUAACAAGGGCAGCCUCAAUCUGACGCAGCUGCAGCAGGCCUCUCGGGGAGUGAACCAGGCCACGGCUGCUGUGGUGGCCUCAACCAUUUCCGGCAAAUCUCAAAUUGAGGAGACAGACAGUAUGGACUUCUCAAGCAUGACACUGACCCAAAUCAAGCGCCAGGAGAUGGAUUCUCAGGUUAGGGUGCUAGAGCUGGAAAAUGACCUGCAGAAGGAGCGUCAAAAACUAGGAGAGCUUCGGAAGAAACACUACGAGCUGGCUGGGGUUGCCGAGGGCUGGGAGGAAGGGACAGAAGCUUCGCCUCCUACUGUUCAAGAAGCAAUACCGGAGAAAGAGUAGAGCCCAGCCAGCGCCCCACACGUCAGAAUGUCAAUCCUUGUUAUCCUUCUGUUUGUGACGCUCCCCGUCAUGACACACCGGGUCCUUGCAGACCUCUCCAUUCACAAACGCUGAAGCCCAUCCGUCGAGUCUCCUCAGGACACCACCUCUGUCUGAAUGCAUGAUGAGUUCUCCCCUUACGUCCCUGACGUUCAGGCAGGCCAGCGUUGGCCAUGAGCAAGCUCAGGUCCACAGAAAAACAGCGACAUGGCCAACCUGUCUUGCCUCAUAUCCACCUCCUCGCCAGUCAUGUCCUUAGAGAGGCUUCUUGUCCUUGGGAGCUUGGAGAGGGGACAUCUGACACCUGUUCUUCCCCCCUCCCCACCUCCUCAGUCUUCUGCAUUUUGUCUUUUGCGCAAACUUGUGAGCAUCUGAACUCCACUGGAUUCCAAACCAGACCUCCGUUUGAAUCCACAGUUAAUGGCCCCCCUUCACACUACACUUUUGGCAGUCUGAUGGAUCCCCUCCUGCUUAUUAUUAGGUGGUCGUUUGGGUCUUUUGGUUUUAUAUCUUGAAAGUUUCACAUAGCCAACUUUCCCAAAAUGGGUUCCCCUCCCCACUCCCACCCUGAGCUCUGAGCCUUCUGGGCGGAGGUCCCCACACACACCAUGGUGCGGCUCAGGCUACGCCUUGGUGCUCCAGAUCAGCUCUUCCAUCAGCCAAGGCCACUCCCCAGGGUGACAGCUCUCCUCUGAAGCCUAAAGCAGAGCUAGUGCCUUUACUUUUUGACCCUGGGUGCCAUCCCAAGGCCUCUGUCCACCUUCACAAGCCAGUUUAAAAAAAAAUGGUGCCAGGGACCCAGCUCUUCUGGGGACAUUUUUCUUAGGAGCUCAUGUGAGCAGGUUCACCACCCCAUCACGUGCUGGAAUGGAGCUGGUGUGAACAGCAACACUACAUCCCCAGAGCGAACUUCCUGUGCCAUGUCAUGUGGGCCACCUUCCACCAAACCCAGGCAAGGUCCUAAGAGGGACAAAUACAAAGGAGCUGGAAGUGGUUCCUUUUCCAGCUGCCUGCUUCUGCAUCCUCCUGAACCCGAAAAAGAUGGUUCCGUGUGCUACUUACUCAACAGACCCACUUGCUCCCAUCGGGAAGAGAACUCGGCUUGGGGGUAGGACUCUUCAUAUUUAUUACUAACAAUCUUCCUGCGACACCUGCCCCAGAGAUGCUUGGAGCAAUCAGGACUGAGGGUGGCCGACUAGGCUUGCCCUCCGCCCGCAGUCUCCACAGACCGCAGACAAGACUGAAGAGCCAUCCCUGAGCAUUUCUGGGCCCGGAUUCCAAAGCAGGCAGGUUCUUCGAAGCAUCGAGGAGCAGGAAAAAGGAGGAAGGGGACCACCCCUGGCUAUGUCUCCCACUCCGCCACUACCCACUCUUGCUCCCAUGAAGACAGGGUGGGGACUGAAGGCAUCCCACUUAGAUACAAGCAGCCGGACAGCACUUUGCCACUCUCAAAUGGACCACUGAGUUAAGUGACCUUCUGAUCUGUAGGAUGGGGCAGGGAGAUGGCGUCUUCCUCCCUCCGGUAUCUGUGACUCUUAGGUGGCAGCCAGCAGGCAAUUCCUUGAGCCUGUCCCCAAUGGGACGUGGCUCAGCUUUGCUGGGUAAUGGGUUGUGAGGCUAAUUAAUGUUUGAUCACUGUGAAUCAACCCCCUUCUUCCUGCUCCACCCACCCUGACUCUUUCCCCUGAGUAUUUUCUAAGCCGGCACUCCAAAAACUCACAGCAUCCCAUAAGUCUGCUGAGACACAUGACCUCCACAUUGGGCUAAAGGAGUUACCUACAGUAGAAACGGCCUAUUCUAGUGCCGGAAGAAUGUUUCUCUGCUUAGCAUUUCUUCUUGAGUCCAAGGGACCAGAACAAGCAAGGUGUGUGGCAUUGUUGGCCCAUUUGUGCCAAUCAAGCCAAUCCAUGUGCUCACCGUGGGUCAGCUUUUCCAAAGGAAGAGGUUAACAUAGUCAGUCCUUGCUUCUAAGGUCAGAGCGUUCACACUUGUGUGUCCCAGCAAGAGGAAAUCAAACCACAGAGAUAGAGCAGGGUUGUCUGAAUAACACACCUGUCUGAAAAGCCAGUCAUUUGUAAAACCCUAAUAAUUAAUCUCUUCCUGAGUAGCAAAACAAUGAAGAGCCCCAGCUCGAGGGGAGUCAACAGCACAAGUGUCCUGCCUGCUCAGUGUUGGAGGAUCAGAACUUUUUAAUGGAACUCAAGUCAGCAGCUGCCUCUCUCUAGCCAGGCUUGGCAGUGCAUACCUGUAAUCUUGGCUUUCAGGAGACUGAGGCAGGAAGAUCCUGAAUUUAAGGACAGCCUGGGCUACAUACUGAGACCUUGUCUCAAAAAAAAAAUUUUUUUUUUAAAUAAUUAGAUUAUAUAUGUGUGUGUGUAUAAAUUAUAUAUAACUGGGUGUUUUUUCUGGGGGGAGACACGGUCUUAUUAUAUAACCCUGGCUGGCCUCAAACUAGCUAUGACACCUCAUUGUCCUUGAAUUCACAGGGAUUCCCUUCUCUUUGCCUCUCAAGUGCUGGGGUUAAAGGUGUGAGCCAUCUCACUCAGCCUAGACCACAAUUUGUUGGCUCUGCUGCUACCUAAACAGGAGUCUUUAAUUCAGUGGCUGGACAAACCAAACCCUGAAAAUUCUUACAGCUCAAAAGGAACUUCACAGCUUUUUCAAGCAUUCCUGGGGCUCCUUAGACUAAAGUCUGCUGCAUGAGUGUAGACAGAUCCUCAAGGCAGGGAACUGGGGGUCCGGAGAGAUAGCUCAGCGGUUAAGAGCACUUCCUUCUCUUCCCGAAGACCCAGGUUCUGUUCCCAGCACCCACAUCAUGUGGCUCAUAACCAUCAUUAACUCCAGCUCCAAGGGAUCCGAUGCUCUCUACCGGUGACGUGAACUCAUGUGGAUGCACGCACGCCCAUUUGAGUACAAAUAACUCAAAAAAUAUUUUUUCAAGACAGAAAAUUGACAAAAUAAUGGCUUGGGGGGGGGGUGAAAAGGAAGCUCAAAUCUAGCUGUCUUUCAUUUUUAACUGGUUGCACUUUUCUAGUGCCUAGAGAUUAAGGAUAUGUAUGUGGGGUUCAUAUCUGAGCAAGGAAUUGAAAUGACUAUAACGGGCUUGACAGUGCAUGCCUGCAAUCCCAGCACUUGGGACUCAGGCAGGAGGAUCACGAGUUCAGGUCUAGCCUGGGCUAUAUACUGAGACCUUAUCUCAGAAAAACCAAAAAUAAAUUAGACUAGAGCUUAAAUGGCUUGUUGACUGUACUGCCCACAGCAUUAUUCAUAGAAUUCCACCUACAUACGAGCCCUUAACCCAGGAGUUAGGAGAGCCAAACACCUCCAGGACAUCCUGUCUCAGAAUAGGUGUGGCUGAUGGGUCAGACACCAGGCUUUAUCCCAGGUAACUUGAGGUCACAUGCACUUGUCAUUCUGGCCACAUUUGUCUGCUAUGACCUCUCAUCUUAAGAGUUCUCAUCUUGUGUCUGGGGAAAGCUUUUGCUUCUUGGUCAGUGGCUUGGUUGUAGAAGGAUUUCCAGCACCAUUUAACCCUAAUUGUGGGAGUGGAGGUGGGGAGCUUGAGACUAGAUUUCUCUGUGCAGCCUUGGCUGUCCUGGAACUCACUCUGUAGCCCAGGCUGGCCUCGAACUCACAGAGAUCCGCCUUCCUCUGCCUCCUGAGGGCUGGGAUUAAAGGCGAGCGCUUAACACUAAUUUUUAAUGGCUGGCAAAUGUGCUACUCUCUAUUGCCUUUCCAUCUCAGGCAACCUUGCUACAAAAGCCAGCCUUUGGAUCCAACACCGACCUGCCCAUCCGAGUGGCCCUGCCGUCUCUCUGCCAUCGUGGACCAUCCUCCCACCAGAGUGAGCUUUGCCCGCUCUUCUUGUUGGAGUCUCCGCAUUGACCCUCCAACAAGAGCAGCGUUGCCCUCUCUCUGCCAUCUUGGGUCCUCCCUAUUUGCCUUGGAAACAGAGUGGCUUUGCCCUCUCUCCACCUCUCGAGUCCUCGGAGACCACACUGAUUGGCAACCAUCACUGCAGCACUUGGCAGCCGUCCACACCGACCCAGAACAGCGAUUUGCCGCCCCUGUCACACGGGUCCCUGCCCAAACAGGGAACCGGCAAACACAGUGGUGGAGUGCCUCCUCCCGGGGAGCCAAAGCCAGAGACGGCUGGUUAGAUGUGACUGGAUCCAGUUCUGAGCAUGUAGACCCUUCCAGACGUGUUUGUCAGGUGACCCUCAACUACCUCAGGUUUGAAGACCCUAAGUUAAACUGAUUAGCGGUCCAGGGACAAACCGAGGGAUCCCGUUAAAUAUUGGAGAAGACGACCUAAGCGUCCCAAGCUUGUAACAGACUCCGAACUUGGCGGGGAUGGGGUGGGUUUUGGUUUGUUUAUGCCCCACCUUCUGUUUUUAACCUUUUCCACAGUUUGCCAUUAGAAUCGUCCCUAUCAGUGAAUUUCACUUUUCACUUCGUGCCUACCUUCCCAGGGCAGGUGGCCACAGGCUCUUGUCUCCUCCCAAUAGUACUUUUAUUAUGGAAUGAAGACCUUUCUUUGUAUAAUGCAUUGCAUCUGUGUUUUCAAUUUUUCCAAUAAAUCUGUCAGCCUGGCCGUGGAGAACAGUGAAGACGGGGUCAACAGAGUGGCCCUGA